AUGAAUGGUACUAAUAACCACCAAAAUAACAAGAGCAAAGUUCUCAACAACACAGCCGAACCAAGCAGUAGCAGUAGCAAUAGCAAUAAUACUAAGCGUACAACCGCUGGUGCAAGCACUAGUGACACAAGGGCUUGUGCUGCAUGCAAAUACCACCGCAGGAAAUGUGCUCCGGGUUGUCCCUUGGCCCGAUACUUCCCUCCCGACCACCAAAAACAGUUCCUAAAUGCCCACAAAUUGUUUGGGUUGAGGAAUAUGAUGAAGGUAUAUAAUACUGUUAAUCCAAACGACCGACAUCGUGCGAUGCAAUCAAUGAUUAUUCAAGCCAAUAUACGUGCAAGUGAUCCUGUUGGCGGCUGUCAUCGAGUCAUUCAAGAGCUGCAAAAACAAAUACAAUUUUGUAGGGCUGAAUUGGACCUUGUUCUUACCCAAUUGGCCCAUAUUCAUAGCCUUCGAAGCGCCGCCGGGACCGGUGCGGAAGAACCUUUACCCAAUCCUAUCAAUCCGGGCAUGUAUGUUGCUGGAGCACAAUCCAUGCAUAUCCAGCCUGAGCCUGAAGACUUUGGUGGUUAUGCAGAUUUGUACGUAGGGCAUAAAGAUGAAGAUAUCCAGGGUGAUAUUAAUCCCAGUACAUCGUAUGGUCAUCUUAGUCCAACUCCAUUAUUGGUUGAUGGAUCUGAGGAUAUCAAAGUUUUGUUUGAUGGAUAUGAAGAUAUCAAGCCCGAUUUAAUCGAGUCAAAAAAUUUAAAUCUGUCAAGUGAAGACGAGGAGCCAAAAGAUGAAGUUAAUAUUCCAAAACAGCCCAAGCAAGAAAACAUCGAGAAUGCAACUUGA